GGAGUCUCCGUUGGAGGGAGAGUUCGGGAACUUGCAGGGAGGGGUCUGGAGUCUUGAGAUGGGCUUGGACACUCGCUCCCAGAAAGCCAUGUCUGGGUCUCUGGAACGGGAGAGUGGGCUGGGGGUCUCCCCACUACCACCCCCUCCCUAUGCUGGGGAGGGGGAUUUGGAGCUACGGGGGUCCCUGGAUUGCUGGGCCUGUGCAGUUCUGGUGACCAUCCAGAAUCUGCUGGUUGGGGGCCUCAACCUUCUCUUGGUGGGGGUCGUCUUUGGGGUCAUCUUGCUCCCAGUGGGGGUCCUGCUGGGGUUUGGAUUCCUCUGCCACUCCAAGUUCCUGCAUGCUCAGGCGCACUACUGCACCGCCCACUUGCCCGACGCGGCUUCUGUUGCGCUCCUGGUGGUGGGGUUCACUCUCAUGGUGCCCCUGCUGGUCUUGGCGCUGGCUGCCUACUGCCGCCUGGCCCGCCGCCUCCAGCUGGGCUACUGCCUCGUCCCCUACAGCAAAGCCGUCUACAAGAACCUGCCGGCCACCCGUUAUCACAGCUCGGGGUGCUGCUGCAGCCGGGAUCUUGACACGGUGGAGAAAGUCUGGGUUUGAGGAAGGAGCGGAGACCGUUUGGGACUAGGGGGGGUGGGGAGGGCACAGAAAUAACCAAAGACAUCAGCUGCAGAAGCCAAACGUGCAAGCUUUAAGGAACUUGCUUCCCCAACCCAGCAAAAAGGGUGAUGCUUCACGGCAGUGAGAUGUGCAACAGUGCAUCAGACUCUCGCUGAGCAGGGGAGUUGCACUAUGGCUGCAAAAGGAGACCCACAAAGUCCCAGCAGAGCCCGGGAGCAUCAAGUCACAGGAGAGAAGAAACAAGACGACCAAUUUCAGCAACAACUCCGGUGGACAGGCUUCGCGAGAGCAUCAGCAGAGCCCUGCAGCAGCAGCUGCAUCAGGCCAAAGGGGCCCCAUCUAGUCCAGCCUCCUGUUCUCCAUGUUGCCAGCCAGAUGCCCCCUUAUGCAAGCAGGAGCUGAGCACAGAAGCCACUCUCCCGCCUUGCUUCCAAAGAUCAUGAACUCCUCUGCUAGGGAACAAAAUGACCGGAAGAACUGUUGUCUGGCUCACGAGGAGACGAGAGAGAGAGAGAGAGAGAGAGAGAGAGAGAGAUGCAGCCUCUCGUCUGCCUGGUUUGCGGACACAUUUUGACUCCCAGUAUCAAAAUGGGCAGGCCUGCAAUCCCUACAACAGGCUCAGAGAUUUUGCAGUACAGUAUGAUGAUCUCCAGUUGCUGGAUGAGGGCUAAUACAAUGUAUGUGGGGGGAGGAGGGAAAUUUAACAAUUAAUCCAAACUGGAGGUAAAGGAGUCAUAUUUGCUGGUGUGUUCAGGGCUUAACUGGCUCAUGUGGGUGUAUGUGUAUUUUUUUGGGUGGGGGGGUCUCACUUAACCAUCCUUUAGUUCACACAAACUGGGGCUGUUGAAAAUAGAAGGCAGUACAUAGCUACCUAAAAGAGGGCAAAGAUCUCCAUAAGCACUCUCCAAAAACUUUGUUUAAAAAUAAAUUAAGCCCUGAAUUUGUAUGAAAGGAAUACUUGCUGGUUUGCCCACUUUGCCAUAAAGAGAAAGGCAGGAAAGGGUUAGGUCAGCCUUAGCAAGUAGUUUACCUGUGGAACUCACCGCUGCUAGGACACAUUUAUUUGUCUUUGGAUUUCCGAGGUUGGCCAAAUGAGGAAAAACGGAAGCUUGGAAUGUCCCUGUAGAUUUUUGCAGCAGUAGCAGGACUUGAGCUCUAGAAAAGGUGAGGGGUUUGCUUCUGCCCUAUCCCUCUCUCUCUCUCUCACACACACACAGAGCCAUCCUUGAGUUCUUGCAAAGUUAGAUAUAAACAUCCAAAGCUCCUGUUCAGUUGACACAUUUAUUGCAGGUAAAAAUUAUUCUGAUGAAAUUAAUUUGUACAUUUCCAUCAAUAUGCACACUACAGCUUUGUUACAAA